AUGCACCUCGUCUGUAGAGCAAGGAUGAUGAUUCACGUCGUAUGGCUAGGCUGCCUGAUUAUCACUACUUCCACUCUAUCAAUCUCAUCAAGCCGUACUCAUCAUGCCCGGCAGCUACAGCCUUCCGGAAACCGACCACCGUUUGUGACGCCUCCCUCCGUUAAUGAUAUCAAUGGCAACGGGAGAGGCUCCCGUUUCUUUAACGUUUCCAACCUUCCACCGCCCACUAUCAUUGUUCGACAAAAUACUACCCACCCGAAAGAAUUUCGAACUAUCCAGGGCGCUGUCAAUUCACUGAAGGAUCGAAAUGGACCUCAGGUUAUCUACAUUCACGAUGGUAUUUACAGAGAGCAGGUUUAUGUGGACUAUGACCCACCUCUCAUCAUCCACGGCAGAAAGCCGAGCGAUAAUGGGCAAAAUUCUGUGAGCUUGGUCUUUGCACUUGGUGCCAAAGAGGCCAAAUCGAAUGAAGCCAGUGCGACGUUGAAUGUCAUAAAGAACGACUUCGGCCUCUACUUCGUUAACGUCACCAACGAAUAUGGCACCGGAACUGAUACUCAAGCAUUAGCCAUCAACGCCAAAGGUGACCGACAAGGUUUCUACAGCUGUUCUUUCAAGAGCUUCCAAGAUACUGUCAGAGCUUAUCGAGGCAUACAACUCUACAGUCGCUGUGAGAUUUCAGGCGCUGUUGACUUUAUCUUUGGAAGAGAUGCCAACGCUUGGUUCGAGCAGGUCACGAUCCCAAUUCUUAAAGGGUCCAAAGAGCCUAUUACCGCGAGCGGCAGACAUUCCAAUGACACCGCUGGUUUUUAUGUAUUGAAUAAUGCUACAGUCUAUAGCGCCGGUGCACUUCCUGGGACGGCCUACCUUGGUCGACCUUGGAGAGGAGGGGCAAAAGUGGCUUACCAAAAUAGUUACCUCAGCGAUGUCAUCAACCCUGAUGGAUGGCUUGCCUGGAGUCCAGCCGAUCCACGCACAGAAAGUGUUCAGUAUCAAGAGUUCGGUAACUUCGGUCCAGGCGCUCAAGGAAAAAGAUUAUAUGACACGCCUUUACGUUCUCCCCACCUCCCGGAGAAUAUUCUUGGACCUGAUUACCUCGACUGGAUUGAUUAUAGUUACCGCCCCAUUCUCACCAGUCCCGACCCCACUAAGCGAAUGAACACCUUGGGCAUCAAGAAAGAUGCAACUGAUUCUUCUCCUACCACUAACACCUUGAUUGUCAAGCAAGAGCCCAACCCUCCCUCCUCCGCCCGCACUCGGAGAUUCAAAACUCGAUCUAGUUGA